AUGCCUAAGAUGUCGCAGUCUGAAUUCGUUUAUUACAAUGCAACUCACAAUGCUAGGAGUGUGGUUACUGAUUAUUUGUCUUGCUGGUUGUUACAGAGGAUGAGAACAGAUCUUGGCAGACAGGACACUGAGGAGAUUCCAUACUCUGGUUCUUCGAGGAUGGAGCUAAAGCGGAGUCAUCAGAGGCUGACAGAACCGUCCGCUUCAGAGCUAUUCAGUAAUAAGAGACAAGCGGUAGAGAUUGAUUGUGCCCGGCCGGGUUUCUUAACUCCACAUAUCAAUUUAUCUGCAUGGGACAGUUCUUUUGUGCCUAGACACUUCUCAAAUUGCUUAUUCGAUCCUGCUAAUGCCCAGCUUGGUAGAAAUGUGUUGUCUCCUAUAGACGGUCAAUAUAUUGGGGAUGGAAGGAAAAAUACAGAGCAAUGCAGUACCGUCUCAUCACUUGGUUUUCCGGUGGUUCAUGGUAGCUCGUUUAAUCUCGACACCGUUAGAAAGGUUAAAGUCAAUCAAGUGUGUGAAUCUGGAAACAUGCCCGAAUCAAUGGUUCCGCUUUAUGGUGAGGGAGUUUCAACGUCAUUUGAGACGGGUCCUUCAUAUGAUAGCACGCUCUCCUUUGGCCAGACCUGCAGUGAUUUCGACAAGAGCUUCGUCUUGCCAGGGCCAUUCGCUAGCAACGCGGAUGUCAAUGCCAUUCGAAACUUCAGUAGUGAAGGUCUUGGUGUUAUACCAAUGGGUGAUAUGAUCUAUGACAAAGGAGAUGAAAAUGUCUUCUCAGCAUUUCAUCCAUUUGAGAAGGGAGUAGAGAACUUUGCACUGAUGGGUCAGCAGCCUCGUCAAAAGGCUGAUUGUAAUAUCUUCUCCUAUAACAAAGGACAGGAGAACUUCAUGUCUCUUCCCUCUUGUGACAAAGUACCUGAAGACCUUUUCAUGAUCGAAUCAUCCUAUCGCAAAGAAAAUGCGAAUGUGUUGUCAGGGAGACUGUCCUCAUACAUGGAAGGCGGUGAGAUGGCAGUUAUGGUAUCUAGCCGAGACAGAGCAGACCGAACCAAUGAUAGAAUGAGUCACGAGAAUAGAAGCAAGACCAUAUCUUUUGGAGAUUAUCAGAAAGAAGCCACAAUGGUCUCGCCAGCUCGAGUUAUUAACAGUUAUGAGAACUUCAGCCUUGCCCCUGCAACUGCUGCUAAAGAUCCUCUUCGUAUAGUAGCCGAGGAAAACAUGUCUUUUGAAUUUAGAGAUCACCCAUAUGCUAGCCCUAGGGUUGAUACCUUGCUCGUGCCCAAAAGCAACGAUUCAAAGACAGCUAGGAAGGGUUCUACAAACACAUUCCCUACAAACGUUAAGUCCUUGUUGUCAACAGGAAUGUUCGAUGGGGUUACCGUGAAGUACUAUUCGUGGUCACGUGAGAAAAAUCUCAAAGGACUUAUAAAAGGGACAGGGUAUCUAUGUGGUUGCAGCGGCUGUAACUUUAAUAAAGUUCUUAAUGCGUACGAAUUCGAGCAGCAUGCUAAUUGCAAGACUAAGCACCCAAAUAACCACAUAUACUUUGAGAAUGGAAAGACCAUUUAUGGCGUUGUUCAAGAGCUGAAGAAUACACCUCAGGAGAAGUUGUUCGAUGCUAUUCAAAAUGUAACAGGGUCUGAUAUCAACCAUAAAAAUUUCAACGCCUGGAAAGCCUCGUAUCACGUUGCCAGCCUUGAACUUCAGCGUAUCUAUGGGAAGGAUGCUGGCACUAUGGCAUCUUGAGAAGACGUUUAUCAACGGGCAGGCUAUUUUGUCGCCUGAAUCUGAAGAAGAAGAAGAAGAAGAAACCUCUCAAGGACGAGGGCGAAAGGAGUAAUGAGAGUUGCAGCAACUGCCAUCCGGUAAGCAACUAAGACGUGAGGGCUCAUACCCUCGUUCAAAGCUAGUUUUGCUACUAUGGACAUCAAUGCAUACAAAAACUGUAUGAAAACAAUGGCCAUGAAUGGCCUUGCUUUCUUAAGCUCCAUUAUUUUGCAGCUUCUCUGCAUAAAGAAAAACUGUCUUUGUUAGACAAUAUUAUAGGGGGGGGUUUUGGUUUGUUAUAAGGAAAAUAAAAGUUUUAUAUAUAGUGUGUGUGUAUAUAUAUGAAUUCCGUUUGAAGCCUCAUAACGUCUACAUGUGAUCCGACGUAAAGAGCAUUCAAAAAUUGUAGACGUAAACAUUUCGUUUUUGUUGAAGUGCAAGGAAUUAAUACACCUGCCUAAAAAACAGGAAAGCCACAGAGCACUAAACUCGUGUUUUAGAGGAAAAACAUUCCUUGGUUGGUUUGGUGCUAACUCUCAUAAACCCAC